AUGAACAUACCCACACUUGCUCAAGUUGACAUUGAAGAGAAACCAUAUACCUCCCAUGUCGAAGUCGCCAACGAAGCUCAUAAUGAUGGUGAUAUCAAAGGCGACCUCACACUCAAUGAGGCUAUGGAAGCCGAAGCCAUCGAACAUAGUAUGGGUAUAAUCGAAGCUCUGAGAACGUACCCUUGGGCUGUGUUCUGGUCAAUAUCAGUAUCAAUGUGUGUCGUCAGUGAAGCUUACGAUAAUGCACUCAUCAAUACGUUAUUUGGUCUAUCAGCAUUCAAGAAGCAAUUCGGCGUAUAUCUUCCUGCAUCUCAGAAAUACACUCUUACUGCACCUUGGCAAUCAGCACUAUCUCAAUCAAGUGCCAUAGGGUGUUUCAUCGGUAUCAUCUUUACAGGUUGGAUCAGUGAAAAAAUCGGUUAUAGGAAGACUGCUAUUCUCGGUCAAUUCUUGAUGAUCGCUGCUAUCUUUUUGACCUUUUUCGCGGACAGGUUAUGGAUUUUACUCUUAGGUGAAAUAGCAUGUGGUUUCCCUUGGGGAAUGUUCAUUAAUCUUGCUCCUGCUUACGCAUCGGAAGUCGCGCCUUUACCAUUGAGAGGCUUCCUCACUGUCUACGUGCAGCUCUGUUGGUGUAUUGGACAGUUCAUCGCUGCGGGUGUACUAUACAGUGUCAACACGCGAACUGACAAGUGGGCAUACAAGAUCCCAUUCGCAGUCCAAUGGGCUUGGCCUCUACCUUUGAUUUUCUUAUUGAUUUUCGCUCCUGAAUCACCUUGGUGGUUGGUUCGUAAAGGAAGAUUGGCGGAAGCUGAAAAGGUUGUACGACGAUUGGGAGGCAAAAUCGAUCAAGAUCCCAAAAAUACGGUGGCUAUGAUGGUUAGAACGAAUGAAAUCGAAAUUGCAAAUGAAACUGGUGUUUCGUUUAAAGACUGCUUCAAGGGUGUCGACCGCAGAAGAACUUUGAUCGUGUGUAUGAUCUUUGGAAUGCAACCUCUGUCUGGCUUGACACUGGGCAAUCAAUUUGUCUUCUUCUCUGAGCAAGCUGGAUUGGACAGUUCAAAUGCAUUCAAGAUGAACUUGGGCAAUAAUGCCAUUGCUUUCCUGGGAACGAUCUUCUCUUGGUUUUUAAUCUCGUGGUUUGGUAGACGAACGAUUUAUCUCGGAGGACUGAUGUUCGCCAUGGCCGAUCUAUACAUCAUCGCGUUUAUUGGAAUAGCCAAAUCAUCAUCCGGCGUCAAUUGGGCAACGUCAGGACUCAUGAUUGCCUAUAAUUUCAUAUACGAUGCUGCGAUUGGACCUUUAACAUAUGCCAUUAUAUCCGAGAUGUCUUCGGUUAGGUUAAGGUCCAAAUCAAUUGGUUUAGCUAGAAACACCUAUUAUAUCACCCAUAUCAUAGCUGGUAUCACCACACCUUAUAUGAUCAAUAGUACAGCUGGUAAUCUGAAAGGAAAAGCAGGCUUCAUUUGGGGUACAAUGGCAGUGUUUUGCUUCGUAUUAGCGUUUUUCCAUUUACCAGAAACCAAAGGAAGAAACUAUCGGGAAUUAGACCUAUUGUUUCAUCGUAAGACUCCUGCUAGAAAAUUCGCUAGUACCAAUAUCGAAGAAGUCGCUGAGGAGUAG